CAGUGUCAUGUUAAGCAACAUAUUCAAGUGUCAGAGAAUUAUUGAUUUCUACUUAUUUAUCAAUUAAAACUGAACGAGUUAACAAUAGAUAAAAACCAAGCACUAAUCAACAACCAUGUAACUAAAUAGAACACAAGCUAUUUAAUACAAAAGUGCGCCAUGACUACGAAUGGGAAUAGUGCCAACUACGCACCUCUCAAGCAAAUACUAUCGGAAUCAGAGUCAGAAGAUGACAACAAGUUGGAAAAUGCAGUUCAAGCCGGCGACGGAAGAAAUAUGGAUUUCAACACCGGUCUGUUGGUAUCUAGGAAUAGUAUGAGUGACAUGGACGAUUUUAACAGCAACCUUAACACUAUGGAGAGCACCAUGGAUAAUGUGAGCUUCCUACAAUCCGAUAUGUCCAGCAAAUUAUCAACACCACGAAGAUUCGCGUUCAUCACUUCAAUUCUUCUGUGUAUUAUUGUAAUAAUCGUGUUCUUGUGGGGUAUACCUUGUUCUGAUUUCGGUAGCUGCCCAGGUGCUGAAUGGCAGGACAAAACAACUAGCUGGGAGUUUCCUUACGAUGAAGUUGAAUUGUCAGGAGCGGUGCAGGUCGUUGACGGUGCAAUCCCUUUUACUAAAAACUUAAUAUUUAUUUAUCGUGGGAACCACAUGAGAAAGGAUUCACUUAAUGAUGAUAAUGUGAAUGGAGUAUUGUUAAUUGUUGGAAACACAGGUAAAGUGGGAUGGUACACUCGUGAGAGUAGAAUACCAACUGAAAUCAACUGCCAUUUGAUUGAUGUAAACAAUGACAAGAUUAAAGAUUGUAUUGUCUCUGGUUCGGAAGGUUUACUUGCCGCUAUUAGCCCUCUUGCAGGUACUUACUAUUGGUACAUGCAUAAACAAGGUAAAGUACUUAGCAAUAUAGCUGCAAUUGAUUUUCCGAUUGUAAUGAAAGAUAUGGAUAAAGAUAAUGUGAGCGAUCUGCUUACAGUUGCUACUGUUUACCCAAAUACUAAUCAUAAUUCACUACUAGUCAUAUCAGGUGCAACAGGUAACAUCAUUGGAGAACCUCUUGUAAUGAAUGAUUGUUUGACAGUUAAAUUGAUUUCAGUCUCUGAAACAAUCUCCUAUAUUUGCAAGAAUGGUGCUACAGAAGCUGUAAGGGACAAAGAAUAUUCAGUGUUGUAUAAAAAACUGGUGACCGUUGAGCAUGCAAAUCAUACUAAGCAUGCGAAGCCAAUUAAUAAAAAAGUUAACAUCAAUUUUAAGAAAAGUAUUGGAAAUACCCGUGUUCUAUAUUCAAACGGUCCAGGCAAACUAAUUGUUGAAAAUUCUGGAGAAUGCCCUGAUUCAUGUAAAGUGAAUUUAACUUUAUUGCUGGACAGAAACGGCAGCAGUACAGUCAGCUGGGAGUACACAGCAAAUUAUGUGUUUGCAAUGAAACCAAGUACUUUUGCUUUCGCCAAUUCUAUACGAGGUUUUGUAUUGAAAUUAUGACAGUGGAAUAGUGCACACUUAGCAAGUAGUGCACUGAAAGCCAAAGAAAUAAGAUACAAUAUACAGAACCAGAGCCCUAAGGAUCCAUAUGAAGCGUUUUAUUACCGACCAGCAGUAAAUGUUGAC